AAAUAACUAAUAAAUCAAACAAAAUAAGUUAGAGCUUGGAUGAGCUAAGCUAAGCCAAACGGCUAAUAAGCCAAUCCAAACGAGCUCUAAUGCUUACGGGAAACAAAGCCAAGUGAAUAAGAGCUUCUUAAGAACUGGCAACUGCGUUUGUGUGCCAAAGGGAAGACAUAAACCACCAUCACCAUGAGUAGAAAAGAAGAAGAAGAUGAAAUAGUGUGCUUGGAUGAAUCUUUCUUCAUCAAUGACGACUACGAAAUUACAGAUUUUACAUUUGGGACUCAUGUUCUUCAGCUUUACUGUCUCCAAUCUGCUUCAACUGAUUUUGAUUUGACAGGACAGUUGGUGUGGCCUGGGGCAGUGCUCAUGAAUGAUUAUCUCACAAAGAAUGCUAACAUGCUCCAAGGAUGUUCUGUCAUCGAACUAGGCUCUGGUGUUGGUAUAACUGGAGUACUCUGCAGUAGAUUCUCUCGUGAAGUUGUGAUGACAGAUCAUAACGAUGAAGUUCUGAAGAUUCUGAAGAAAAACAUAAAGCUGCAGGAAUCUUCUGAUGAUUCUAUGUGUUGUACAGAAUUAAAAGCCGAGAAGCUGGAAUGGGGUUACUCAGAUCAGCUGAAUUGCAUAUUACAGGGGCAUCCAGAAGGAUUUGAUUUAGUUCUUGGAGCUGACAUUUAUAUCCGAGUUGACUUAUGUCCUGCUGCCUUAAUUGUUUCUCCUUUUAUACAUGUCUGACUUAAUUUGAAGCUAACAUCAUGCCAAUUGCCAGCCUAUCAUGAACUAACCUAUUCUUCUUUGAGGGUUGGAAAUUGUCUUUUGGAUUGGAUACUAUGUGUCUGGGAAUGUUUUGCAGUAGUGAACUAGCUCCUUUUAUUUCAGUAAUUAGUCGGAAAAUUCCAAUUCAUCAAACCUAUAAGAUAUGAAUACCAUUCUCUCCUAUUACGACUUUUAAAGUCAGAUAAGUACUCUAGUUCUCUGUCCACAAACUGUUGUUAGAUCAACUGAUUCACAUUUGAAACAUAGUAGCAACUAGAUCGUCUAAACUGAGAAAUGAUUGAAUUAUAGACUUUUAAGUUUUUGUUACUUUACCCCAUUUUGAUGACAUCAUAGCCGAGAAAGAAUAGUGUAUCCCUUGACAAGCUUUAAGUUUUCAGCAGGCAAAUGUCCCUUUGCUUUUUUAUACUGUUGAACAGCUGCUUAGAGAUCGUGACCAGAGCAAAUGCAAAUUUAUUUUGAAACCUACUAGCAACUAGAUUGUCUUAAACUGACAAAUGGUUGAAUUAUAGACUUAAAUUUUUGUUACUUUACCAUCAUUUUGAUGAUAUCAUAGCCGAGAAAGAAUAGUGUAUCCCUUGACAAGCUUUAAGUUUUCAGCAGGCAAAUGUCCCUUUGCUUUUUGAUACUGUUGAACAGCUACUUAGAGAUCGUGACCAGAGCAAAUGCAAAUUUAUUUUGGCCUAUGUUUCACGAGCAAAAGUCAUGGAUGCUAUGGUCAUCGAUGAAGCAAUUCGGCAUGGUCUGCAGAUAAAUGAAGUUUCUGGGACUCGGCGUAUCAUCAGGAAUCUUGAAGGAGUUAUAUUUGAGAUUACGACUAAUCACUAGAGUUGGCAAUUAAGAAUGGAGUUUCUUCAGCCCCAUUUGAAUGGAAACUAUACAGUUUUAAGGAGUUCAGAGAAACUAUUACUCGGUAAACAACACAAGAAGCUCCAAGUACCAUCAAACCUUGGGGUUAUGUGUAAUUUUUGACAUUCCAGGCAACAAAAAAGAUGUAUCAAGUCCUCAAAAGAAUCUUGUAAUGUGUAUCAUUUUUUCGAUAGCUCUUCUUUUGAUUUGGUUUCGAACUAUGUUUUCGAUUAACAGUCACUUUUGGUAUUUUAAGCUUUUUUGAGUAAGUCACUUUUGGUAUAUUAAGCUUAAUUUUUCGAGUAAGAGUCACUUUUGGUAUUUAAGCUUUUUGUUUGGGAUGGUCCUACACUAUGACUAGGAAAUGGUCUGUGUCCCCAAAAGAGUCUGUUUUGAACUUAUGUCAUUCUCUAUUUUUAAAGACUGAACUUUAUUCCA